AUGUCGACCACCACUGUCGCAACGACAGCCACAACCAGGCAGAUCAACACCUUUACGCUGGAGGAUACUGACCAGGUGCAGCCCUUAAAUGAUGCCGGACCGCCGCCGUCUCGGAAAUUCCACCUUCGACGGAUCCUCGUAGUCACCCAGGUCUUUGCCAUCACCCUUACGGCCAGCGUGAUCAACGGCCUGGUAGUCGUCGGUCUGCCGACAAUUACCAAGGAUCUCCAAUUGCCGCCCUCGUUGUCAUUCUGGCCCUCAUCGGUCAGCAGUCUCGCUACUGCCUCGUCGCUCUUGUUAGCGGGAUCCAUUGCCGAUGCGAUCGGACCACGAUGGGUCGAGCUGGUCGGAGCUUUUAUUAGCGGCGGUUUGAUGAUCGGUCAAGGGUGUUCUCGCACGGGAGAGCAGUUGGUCGCCUUGAGAGCACUCCAGGGAGUCGGGCUCGCCUUCCAUCUGGCCUCGUCCGUGUCCAUCAUCACGCAGAUUCUACCUCAAGGCCGAGGCCGGAACUUUGCGUUCUCGUGUGUCGGUCUCAGUCAGCCCCUGGGCUUUUCAAUUGGCUUGGUCAUCGGUGGUAUCCUAAUCGAUACCAUCGGCUGGCGUUCGGGAUGGUACAUUGCCGGCGGUAUCACCCUUGUCUUCGCCGUUAUUGGUCUGUGGGCAGUGCCCAAGAGUCGAUCCCACCAAUAUGCGGACCGUCUGCAUAAUAUUAGAGCCAAGGUGGACUGGGUAGGAGCCGGGUUGGCCUCCGCAUUUAUGGCAUUGCUGUGUUAUCUCCUGGCGAUUUUGAGUGCUAAUCCCUCUCGCAUCAAGAGUGCCGAGAGCAUUGUCAUUCUGUGUAUUGCUGUGGCCGCACUACCGUCAUUCGUCGGUUGGGUCCAUCGCCAAACUAAGCGAAACAAGCCGGCCUUGAUCCCGAACUCGAUGUGGGCGAACACCUCCUUCACAACGAUCUGUGCCAUCGUUGCCAUGUCUAGUGCGGUGAUCAACUCCAUGGAACUGUUUGCAGCCUUAUUCUUCCAAGAAGUCCAAGACCUCCCUGCGCUCCAGGCCUCCAUCCGUAUUCUGCCAAGUCUGGUCGUUGGCGUUAUUAUGAACAUCAUAAUCGGGCUGUUCGUCCACAGGGUUCCCGCUUACUUGAUCGCAACCACCUCGUCUCUCGUCUGCGCCGGGUCACCCUUACUCAUGGCCGUGAUCCAACCCUCUUGGCCGUAUUGGGGAAACGCAUUCGUCGCCCAGCUUUUGCAGCCCGUUAGCUUUGACGCUCUUUACACCGUGGGAUUAAUCGUCAUCACAGACGUGUUCCCCGACGACACUCAAGCUCUCGCAGGGGCGGUGUUCAACACGUCCUCGCAGUUCGGCAGUGCGCUGGGAAUGGCUGUUCUCCAGGUCAUCUCGACCGUCAUCACCGAUCAGUCGGACAAGGACAAAGUCCCCGCUUUGAUGGAGGGAUAUCGGGCGAGCUUCUGGGCUAUGUUCGCGUUGAUGCUGUGCUGCACGGUGGUUGGGUUCUUUGGCAUGCGCAAGGCUGGUAAGGUUGGGUUGAAGCAGGAUUAA